GGCGCUGCCCUGGUGGCGGCGGCGGGGACGAGGUGGGGGGUGCUGGACCGGCCUCAUGCACUGCGCCAGAGUAUUAGACUAUUUUCCUCACAAACAAGCAAUGGCUGUGGAUGUAGCAAUGCAGCUAUACCUAUGCUCUUCACCAUUGCGAAGAGAGAAGUGUGCUUGCAAAAUUGCUCCAAAGCCAAGCAAGCCGUUGCGGCCCUGCAUCCAGCUGAGUAGCAAGACUGCACUGAAUGGACCAGAAGAGACAGCAAACUCCUUCACACACAACAAAGUGAAGAAGAGGGUGUCAUUUGCAGAUAGCAGAGGCUUUGCUCUGACGAUGGUGAAGGUGUUCUCAGAGUUUGAUGAUCCACUUGAUAUUCCUUUCAACAUCACUGAGCUAAUAGACAACAUUGUGGGUCUGACAACAGUGGAGAGGGACAGCUUUGUUCUGGAUUUUGUCCAGCCCUCUGUGGACUACCUGGACUUCAGAAACCGUCUCCAGGCAGACUGUGUCUGCCUUGAAAACUGUAUGCUUAAGGAGCGAUCCAUUGUGGGAACAGUGAAGGUAAAGAACCUCGCUUUUGAAAAAACUGUGAAGAUCAGGAUUACAUUCGACACCUGGAAAAACUUUGUAGAUUACCCAUGCCUGUAUGUCAAGGAUACGUAUGGAGGGUCAGAUCGGGACACGUUUUCCUUUGACAUCAGCUUGCCUGAGGGAAUUCAAUCCCAUGAAAGAGUAGAGUUUGCCAUCUCCUUUGAGUGCAAUGGGAAGGUGUACUGGGACAGCAACAAGGGCACAAAUUACAGGAUCACACGGUCAGAACUGAAGUCAGCCCAGGAAGCCAUCUGCACCCCACGGGGUCCUGACUUCAGCAGUGCCUUUGACCAGUUUGGGAGCCCUCGGUGCUCCUAUGGCCUCUUUCCUGAGUGGCCCAGCUAUUCAGGCUAUGAGAAGCUAGGGCCUUACUAUUGACCCAAGGGCAAAGUCCUGACUGACUGUUGCUGGUGUAUCUGCAGGCCUGGGAGCUGGUCUGAAUGCGGGGUGUACGGAAAGGUGGAAGAAGUAUGGCUCCGUGUAGCUCUGCAUAAGCCUCCCACAAAACCAGAUGUGCAGUGCUCUGCUGGCAGUGUACUUAUAGUCAGGGAAGCACUUCUGACAUAAAGAGCUGCCUUCCCCGUCCCAACUCAGAUAAAUGGCUCUCCAGAUGCUCAAAGGUCCAGGAGCUGUUGCUCAUGUCUCCAGUGCUGCUACUCCUUCCUCUUCUAUAAAGCUGCUAGUCUCCAGGGAAACACUACAGUGUGCUUAUAUUGUCUGUCCAAGCUAUGUAGCGGUGGCUGGUUUGUAUUGCUUGCCUAGUGUUAAAAGGCUCUUUCAAAAUAUGUUCUAGUAUUAUAUUUUUAGUGGGUUGUACUUCAGCUGCAGAGUUCUCCUUGCAAAGCUGGCCCGUGCCUGUUGGGUAAUAGAGACUUUGGUUUGUGGGGAAUGGAGUUGUCUCCUUUCAGAUGUCCUUGUAGUAUGAGGUCCUUCCAACUGGAGGCAGAAGGGAUGUGUUGAAAAUGAAAUGCAAUUGUGAUGACAGGAAAUGUGGCCCUACAGCCUGCCAUAUUAGGAGACAUAUGUGCCCGUGGGAGAGGAUCUGAUAUGCUUAGUCACCAGUUGUUUUAUCAGCUGAUCUUGAAAAAACUCUCUUUAUACCCUUGGUGUUACCAAAAAUAGAGAUUAGCUAUAGCUGUGCGGUGCUUGUAACACAGCUGUGGGUUGACAGCCUUGACUGCCUUCUUCAAAACCUUCCAGUUUCUUUAAUCACAAGUGAUCAAUGAUGCUUUUUCUCCUUGAUGGACAUCUGAAGUCAGCUGCUGGCCUUGCUGGGCCCUGAAAAUGCAGAUCUUCCUCCUGUGGACUGUAAAACAGGGGUUUGGCUGGGACGCAGAGUCCUGUGCAGGAGGCUGAGCUCAGAUGUUACAGGAGAUAAAUGCAAAUGGACCACAUGUCUACUCUCUGUUGUGUCCUGUUAUAAGAAAGUGACUGUUGUGUACUUACUGUGGUGGAAGUGCCUUGACUGAGAAUGGGAUGGUAUGUGCAAUCCCAGCAAUGCUUUGGGAUAAACAGGCUUUGGAAAUGACAUUGCUUUUAAAAAAAGAUUAUCUAAUAGUUUGUUACUCUGUGCCAUGGACUGUUUGGCAGCUAAUGGUAUAGCAUUGCUCGCAUGUGAGGAUGCUGUGUCUAUACUGGAUGAGCAUCAUUGACAUGCUGGGCUUCCGUUGCUGUUGUAGGGGUAGCUGCCAUUUCAACCUAUAAAUGCUCAAAUUUUGCAUCUGUGUGUCCAUAAGAAGCAGCUCACCCCACACAUGCAAAGAAUGAGCUGUGAGGAGUACAGGAUGUGGGGUUAUCCUUAUACCACCCCUGGAUGUGAAACAAAUCACAGAUGUGAGCCAUCCCUAUCUUCACAGAGGUGGUUUGUCUUCUGGGCCCGCACUGAGGUGAGAUGGCCAGCCUGUGCAGCUUCAAACAGCCUCACAAAGCUUCUUGCAUGCUAGAUGAGCAGAAUAACUUAAUCCCUCAGCUCAAAGGGAGAGUGCUGAAUAGUUUGUAGAAAUAGAGGUCAAGAGAAUCUUACUUUUUCUAGUAUAUAAGCUUUACAUAAUUUUUUUGAGUGCCUAUAAAUAGCCUUUGGAUGGGCUGGAGAGAAGUGAUGGGCUAGACUACUUAACUUUUUAAAACCUAGCUUUUAAUUCUGGAGACUACUGUAGAAAAUACUUACAAGAUGUUUUACCCUAACCUAGAAGGGAUACUCUGAUCACUGUUGGAUGCUGAAAGAGGCAAGAGCUUCCAGGAAGAAUAGCUAGCCUUCAGCUGCUGCUUUUUCAAAACUCAACAUCACUGCAUGUCAUCUCUGCUUGAUCACUUAGCUGAGGUGGUAAAUCUACUUGCCCAGUGUUCAUUAGGCUUGAUUCCUCUGUUCAGACAGCUUCCCAGGUCAGCACUUAUAACGUGCAGCUGGUCUGUCCUGAAGGGACUGUUGCCUAGCUUGGCUUGAACCUGGUUUUAAACUUAAAGCAAGUCUGAGUGACACUGAUUUAUUUCUUUUAGUGUAUGGUGUAAAUGCUGUAAGACACUGACUGUACAAAAGUCAUGUUCUCAUGCCUAUGGAGAGCUGUUUGUGAGCCGAAACAAGGCAUGUGUGUUUGGGGUGCUGUGGAUGGUGGUAUCUCCUUAUGGGGCCUGUUUUUUUCAGGCUGUGGAUGGAGUAUGCUUAGGGAGGAACAUGGAAGAUAAGCUAGAAGAGUAAUGCCAUAAGUAAAAGCUAGGCUGGGAAUUAUUUGACCAAUAGUGGGUUAAAAAAUACUUGUGGCCUUUCCCCUUUUUCCAUUGCCAAUGUGAACAUAGAAGUAAGAGGUUGCUCUCCUUGCUCUAUGCCUGGAAGUGCCUUGUGGGGUGUUUUGCAUGUUUGUUUUUAAAAAGAUAUUUUUGUACACAACAUUCAAGUGGAAAAUGCACUUUAUAAUUGCCAUGUAAUGACUCUUAAAACUAUGGUUCUGUUUUUAUCUGAUUGUUAAAAUAAAGGUG